GCACCGCGGCGGUGUCUCAGUACGGCUGGGAGCGCAUGUUUUGUUCACCAGCGUGUCCCCGGUUGUAAAACCGCGUACAUUAGAGCAGCGUGCAACUUAUUGUUGUUCAUCUGUAUUUUCUUUGUUUCUUUUUAAUUUUGUUAGUUUGUUUUGUAAACAACAACCCUUUAUGAAAAUAAUGAAUCAGUCUGUUUAAAUCACUCCGCAUACUCAUUCUUGACUUUUACCGGCGUUUAAAACGAGCGUACCCAACGCUCUGCCGUCGUUCGUAACGCAGCGUGUUGAACAGUACUCGCAUAACAGUACAUCUGCAGGUGGAGCCGGGAAAAGGUCAUUUCAUUCAUUGUUUUAACUCUGCUGACAAGAAGAGUUUGGUGAAGUGAACUGGCUGUAGGGCAGAGAUGGUGUUUCUGACCUUGCCUUGUUGGAUUAGAAGCCGUGGACCAGACAGAUACUGGAAAGUCCAAGAACUUCUCAAACAUGCACGGCACUUCAGAGGCAGGAAGAACCGCUGCUAUACUCUGGCUGUACGGGCUGUCAGGAGAGCGUUUGUCUACUCUACUAAAGCUCGGAAGCUCAAGAAACGGAACAUGAGGACGCUCUGGAUCUCUCGCAUCGCAGCAGCAACACGAGAGCACGGCAUGAAGUAUCCUGCCCUGAUGGACAACCUAACAAAGAGCAGCGUUCAGCUCAACCGUCGUGUUAUCAGUGAUCUGGCCAUCACAGAACCUCGGUCAUUCCUCUCGCUUGCGAAACUGGCUCGCGCUCGGCAACAAGAAGGCUUCCGUGCAGCAUUGGGCGACGGCAGCGAGCCUCCUGGUGUCUUCUCCCGUGUUGUCAUGCUGCAGUGAAAGACGUGACUCCAACACGGAUUUCCAGUUGCUGUUGGAUUGUUGAGAUUUUCAUUAAACAGUAAACCCGGCACACACUCACCUACUUUACCACUGUUAUUUCACCAAAGUGUUUUUCACCUAAGAUUUACCUUGAGAGCACGGGGCUGGACAGCAUGUUUGAUCCAAAAACUGUUGGCUUGUUGUGAGGAAUUUUACUUUCUGAUGACAAAGUUAGCUGGUCCCUGGUCUUUCGGAUAAAGAUACAUUUUCCUUGUUAGUGAAGUUUUAAACAGUUACCUACACAGAACAACAUCCCUGCAGUAACUAGGGAUACAAUAUGUUGCUCAAGGACACUCCAGUAGGAUAAAUGAUUACUGUUGCAGUGCCUUGAUCCCUGGCCUUUUGAGGGCAGCUUCUCUGUUCUCUAUGCUAUCAUGUACCCUUACCAUGAUUGUGUUAUCUAUAGGCAAAGAGAUCUGACAAAUUUAUGAUUUUCUCUAUUAUUAAGGCCCUUGGUAUUUGUCAUUGCCCUCCUGACUGGAAACACAACUACUAUUGUGAAUUCCUCCUAUGUUGUUUCAAAAAAUUCUUGAAAUUGGACAUCAUCUUAAUGGAGAUGUUAUACAGCAUAGCAAAGGUUUAUUCCUCAAUCCUUCAGAUGUGUGGUGCUGCAAUGUUACCUACAAAAUGCUCCUCAGCAGCCCUCCUGAUUACCUUCAGUAUCAUGAUAGAGAAUUAUCAGUUUCCAUGGACAUGAUAUGCACCCUUAAGUUAUGAUUUGAUGCUGUUGAAUUAUGUUUUCUGGUGAUGGGAAAUUUUUGUCUAUGUAAAUGUAUAUUUUGUCAUCUCUUGUGAUAAAGUUGUUGUCUAAAUGUUUAGUUAAUUAAACAUUUUGAUAUUUA